GGCGCAGCAAUGGCCUUUGAGUCGGAUUCCCAAUCUUGCUACUUACUUUGCUUUUCGACAUUCAGUCAUAAGUUCUUUGCUGUUCGUAGCACUUGUCCUCAAUAGUAUGAAGUUACUGUUGGGCCUAUGCUUCCUGCUGGUGGCCCUACGCGUGGUAUGUGCUCAAAAUGUUUGGGGCAACCAAAUCCAGGGUUUCUACCAUCUAGUGGAAAGAAUGAAAGCCGCUCUGCAGAGAGAAGCGUUGGACAUCCUGACCAACUUGGAUCUGAAGUGGCACGAAGUCAUCUGGACGAACGCCAACAUGAGUCGGCGGUGUGAAGACGACAUGUUGAAGUAUAGGGAAGACCUCUUCCAUAGGGAGAACUACGCACUACACAUGCUUGACGCUUGUGGGAAACCUCCGAGUGGUAUACUAACCGGAAAUCUGAACUGGCUCGGCAGUUAUCCUCAGUGCGUCAAAGUGACUACAGAAGAGUACAACAUAACUUUCAACGGGAAAUACUUCUUGGCACAACUAGUUCUUACAGAACAAACCAAUCAGACCAAAAUCUCCCUGAAAGUCGGCCUGUGCGUCCCCGAUUCGUGCACGGAGCACGACGUCAUUUUGCAGCUAGAGAACAGUAAGUAA